AUGAACAUCCAUGAAGAAAAGAAUUUCAAUGAUACCCCUGUCUUCCCACGAAGUAUUGCUGUCGGUUUGAACAAGGGCCACAAGGUCAACGCUAAGGAGGUUGCUCCAAAGAUCUCCCAGAGAAAGGGUGCUCUUUCCCAGAGAACCAAGUUCGUCAGAAGCAUCGUCUCUGAGGUUUCCGGCUUGGCUCCAUACGAGAGAAGAUUGAUCGAAUUGAUCAGAAACGCUGGUGAGAAGAGAGCCAAGAAGUUGGCCAAGAAGAGAUUGGGUACUCACAAGAGAGCUCUCAGAAAGGUCGAGGAGAUGAACCAGAUCAUCACUGAGGCUUUUGUGGUGCCUAAUCUUAUGGCUACCCAGUCCCUGCUUGCGGGUGCUGUCACUGCCAUGAGAACGCUUAAAACGAGGACUUCGGUGAAGAAAUUUUGCAAAGACUGUUAUAUGGUCAGAAGAAAGGGAAGAUUGUAUGUUUACUGCAAGUCCAACGGUAAGCAUAAGCAGAGACAAGGAUAA